AUGUUAUCACCUGGUCCUAGUUUACCUAAAAAUGCUGGGUGCAUGUUAGAUUUGAUAAAAAAAGUUAAAGGUCAUAUCCCUAUAAUAGGAAUUUGUUUAGGUCAUCAGGCAAUAGUAGAAGCUUAUGGUGGGAUUAUUGGAUAUGCAGGUGAAAUAUUCCAUGGUAAAGCAUCACUGAUCAACCAUGACGGUUUAGAGAUGUUUAAAGGCAUAACUCAACCAUUACCUGUUGCUCGAUAUCAUUCAUUAGUCUGCAACAAAAUUCCAAAAAAUUUUAUAAUUAACUCUUAUUUUGAAAAAAUGAUUAUGUCUGUAAGAAAUAACUUAGAUCGAGUAUGUGGUUUUCAAUUUCACCCCGAAUCUAUUUUAACAACUUGCGGAGAUCAGAUAUUAGAAAAAAUUAUUAGUUGGGCAUCGUUAAAAUAUAUUAAAGAAUAA